AUGACGCCUUUCGCGUCGUCGCCUCCAUCGGGCGCGGCGCCAGACGAUUCGAGCCGCUUCUCGGUCGCCUCGUCUUCACCUUUCGCCACCGCGCCCUGCUGCUUCUGCCUGUACCUUUCGAUUCAGCCCGAGUCUCCUCAGAGCAGAGUGUGCCGUGUGCGUACAGCGCGCGCCGGCGGCCCCUGCAGACUUUCUACGUCUCUCUCUUCCUCAGGAGUUGAGCCCCUGUCUUCUUGUCUUCAAAAUUGUCCUUCCCCUCCUUCAAGUAGCUCUUCCUCGCCUCCCUAUGCGACGUUUGUCUCUCUUCUCCUUCUGGAUUUUCCUGCUCCCUGCGCGAGGAGCGAGGGCACGGCACAUGUCGUAGAGACAGGCGCGGCGGCGACGGAGACAGGCGCCGAGCCUGCGGAGACACUUUCGCGACCGCGGACAGGGCGAGGGCAGGGCGACUGUGGGCGUGAGAUAACGCAUGACAACGAAAGGCCCUGGGAGUUCGCCGUCCCGCUGAGGCUCUGUUGGCGGCGCUGCGGCACGCGUGUCGGUUUAGGAGCCUCAGAGGGCCUGCGUCGGCCGUCGCCAGUUCGUCCUGCGCUGCUCCGUCGCUCUUCGUCUCCCUCUCUUUCGGCCUCUCGAGCGCCUUCCUCUUCUCUCUCACGGCUUUCCGGAGCUCCUUUCUGCGUUUCGGGCGGCUCGUCGCCGCCUUCCGCAUGCCCCUGUCUCUCUCCGUCCGGCUCGGAGUUCUUCUCGUUUGAUGCCCCUAGCGCGUUUUUUUGCCGCAGUCCUUCUUCGCAGUCCUCUGGCUUCGCGUCUGCAAAAUCUUCGUCUUUCUCAGAAGGUGCGUCUUCCUCGCUGCUCGAAGAUGAGGGGUCGAAGAGACAGCCUGCGAGCUUCUCUCGCACUGGAGAGGCGGGGGGUCGCGAGCCCGACCUCUCCUCGCAGACUUCCACGCUCGAGUGGUUCUGCGCCGAGGACGCCCCAGCCGCGGCACCACGCCGCCUGGACCGGGGGACAGAAGGAGACAGAAGAGAAGGCCUCGAAACCCGAAAGCGGAACGAAGAGACAGGCGGCGACACGAGGGGCGCGCAUCCGGAUGCUGGCGACCCCCGCGCGUAUUCUGCUCGGCGAGAGGCGCCACUCCCGAGCAGCAGCGACCGCAUCCAGGUGAACCAAGUACUCUGUCUCUACAGCUGGAAGCUCUUUUGGGCGGCUCCAUGUCUCCCUGCCUCUCUCGCGAAAAUCCCACGGCAGACCGUCUUCCUUCUCGCGCGAGUUGGAGCCCCCCAGACGCCCAGUCCGCCGUCAACAAACCCCUCGCCUUCUGCUUCUGCUGCCGCGUUGCCGCCUUCGAAUGCUGCUGUUCUUACAGCGAGGCGCCCGCCUCGCGAGCGACCUGCGUGGCUCCUACUCGCUCCUUUGGCGGACGCGGAGGCGCACAGCACUGCGUCGCUGCAGCCGGCCGCGGAGGAGUCGACGGCAGACUUCGUCCUCCAGGUGACGACGGGCAACUCGCGCAGGCCGCUGGGUGCGAACCCACGGGUCCUCUUGUGCAUUCACGCCGACCUCCCGCUGCCACAGCUGCUGCGCCUCUUUGGGCACGUCGCCGCCGAAGUCCUCGGCGGGUCCUGCCUACCGCGAGAUGCCAAGCUCGCGGCGUGCAGCGGAGCCGCCUCGAGCGAGGGUCGUCGCGACGAUUCCCAUUCUGACUCCGGUCUACGAGCUUCUCUGGGAGAGAAAACAACGCGCCCUUCGCGGGGAAACUCGCGCCAGGUCUCGUCUCCUCCUCUGCUUCUCUCGCACAUCGGCUGGUGCUCCUGGGACGCCUAUGGCACUCAAGUCUCCGCGGCGUCGGUUCGUCGGGUCGCCGAGCUCGUUCAGCCUGGGUGGCUGCUCAUUGACGACGGCUGGCAAGAGGCCAGUCCGUAUCCGCCCGACGAUCUUCAGGGCAACUCUGACGCGCUUCAUAGCCUCGACGGAUUCGCUUCGAAAGGAUUCGGCGACAUGCACGCAGUGGUUGAAAGUCUGAAUCGCGUGCUGAAUCGGCCGUUUGACGCCUGCAUGAACGAGGAUAUGGAGGGCGCCGCAUCCGCAGCAGCCGAACCGGGCGAUGAGUGGCUCUUUUUGCCGCACUCUGUGCGUGCCGCGCGGAGUGCGGCGCCGGCAGGGGAGAGCGCGAGCGCUGACGGCGACACAGCUCAAAGCGUCGAGAAGACAGCUUCAGGUGGAGGCAACCGAGGGCGGACACAGGACGACAAACAGGGCCCUUCGAGAGUGCUUCUCUGGCAUUGCCUCCUCGGCAGCUGGAAAGGCAUUCAGCCGUCACUGGCGGAUCAGCUGCAACUCCCCGUGAGAGAAGGCGUCUUCCCUACAUUCCCUCCGGGCCUGCGCGCAGAUGACUCGACAGCUCAGCUGGAGCACUGGCGGCGCGCCAUGAGCGUGGUGCCAGCGUCGUCAGCUUCAGCUUUCUACAGCUGCUUCUACUCCCAUAUGGGAAGAUUCGGGAUAUAUGGGACGAAGGUCGAUGCGCAGGCGAUGGCAGCUCUAGUGACGGAAGGGACGGCGGACAGCGCCGCGUCUGCCGUCCUCAUGUAUCGGUCUGCGGCGACGGCGGCGAACGCGGCUCAUCUCUCCAGGCAGAAGCAGCAAACGCCGACAGACCCCACGCCUAAAGACAGGCGGGACUGCGCCCAGGCAGCUCGAAGAGACAACGCAGUCGCCGCCCGUGAAGGCUGCAACGCAGAGGCGCAAGAGGCCGCGCACGAGUUGCCGGCGUCGGAGUGCGUGACGGGAGAGUGGCUGGAGAGAGGAAAAGAGUUUGAGACAAGCGUUAAGACGGAGGGAGGCGAUCGCGGAGAACAAACGCUGAGGGCGAUGCCGGUCUCAGAGAACAUUAUGAGUUGCAUGGGCAUGACGGUGCCAAACGUUUACCUCUCCGGUCCGUUGCUUAUCAGCCGAUCCUCGGAGGAUCAUGCAUUUCACGGAGUAGAAGAAACGGCAGAGGCCGUCGCACGGCACAUCUGGCACAACGCCUGCAACAGUCUCUGGCUGUCUCCAUUCUUCAUCCCAGACUGGGAUAUGUUUCGCCUCUGCGCCUGGCACUGCCGCAUCCACGCCGUCGCCCGCGUCAUCUCUGGAGGGCCUGUGUACAUCUCCGACCCCGUAGAUCUCCUCGAAAAGACCGACUCAGGCGGACGUGCAGAUGCUUGGCGCAGGCUGUUGACCAAGCUCAGGCUUCCCGGCUGUCCUCUGCCUCUCAUGGGACGGUGCACGGGCCUGCCUCGCCCCACGGCGGACAGCAUUUUCGUCGACCCUUUGACGACGCCACGCGGAUACAAGGUGGUGAACAGCUGCGCCGCAGGGCUCCUGCUCGCAGUUUUCGGUCUCCACGACAGCUGCGACAGGCCGUACAGCGCCACGAUAACUGUGGCAGACCUCAUCGGCUACAUUCACGAGGAGGGGGGCAGGAGUGCCGACCAAGACGACGAAUUGGAAACGUUUCUGUGCACGGAUCUGGACGAAAGAGGCUGGGAGGCCUGCGGCAAAGGCGCGGCGGGCGAAGACAAAAUCAACGCGGCUCUUCUUGACCCUCGAUAUGGAUGGACGGUGACGCCGCUGUACUACAUGAGUGCGCGGCUGUUCGCGUUGACGCCGAUUUUCUCGACAGGGGAUCGGAUAUCGCCGUCUCGCGCGAGAUUUGUCGGCUCCAAACUCUCUGGUUUCGAAGCCAUUCGUCUUUCUCUGAUUGGCGGGCGCUCGAGGUUUUUCCCGGGGCAGGCUCGUGCGCCUCUGGGGCUGCCUGCUGGGGUGGGUGCGUCAGCGUCUCAGGGCGAGAGGAGAGGCGACGGCGCAAUUCUUCUGGUCGCUCCGCUCGCUCCCCCCUUUGUCUUCUCAGUUGUGAAGCCGAGAAGAGGUGUCUGGGUUGAGGAGAGCGACGACAAAGAUGGAGGAGAUAGCAGACCAGACGCGGAAUGCAAAGGGCAACAGGAAGCUGCAUGCUGGACAGCGCUCAGCCGACGGUGUCAUGACAAUGCAGACAGGCGCCUCAGCGCGUUGGUGACCGAGGCAGCAGAGGAGGGCAUGGGCGGCUUUUCGCAAGCCGUGCGCGAUCCCAGUUUCCUACAGGGCGUUUAUUUUGAGCUGCAGGCACCGACAGUGUCGGCAGCGUGUUCAGUGCUACUGUGGAGCGACGGACCGCGCCCUCCGAACUGCUGCAGAGUUGCAUGCCCAGAAGGCGUGGAUGACGCCUCUGCUCUGUGCGAGCCGAUGAUUCUCAGCGAGAAAAACGCAAUCCUGCUGAAGCCCGUCCAAAGCUGUCCCUUCGGGGAACCCUCUACGAGCUGGUACCCCAACAACGAGGGGAAGACAGGCGGGUGCUGCUGCUUAAUCAAGCAGACGCUGCCUACUUCGUGUGGUAGCUGA